ACGUAAUGGCUAGUUUAUAAUUUAUUAUAGUAUUUAAAAAUCACUGAUAAUGAUAGCAUUUCUAUUUGUUUUUAGUUUCUUUUUAUAAAAUAACAAUUCAAAUAAGUGAUUAAAAAAAACCAAUUCGUAGGACAUGUAAACGUCAAAAUAUCGAUAUAAUACUCAACAACGGUAUCUAUAAACACGCGUAAACAAAAUCAUGCAAUGGAAAUGACAUAUAACCUAAAUUUUUUAUUUACACAUUUUCUUUUAAAAAUAAAAAUAAAAAUCCCUAAAUAUACUUAUAUCUAAUAUGUAUAAAAAUUGUUAAUAUAGCUGUAUAUAAAGAAUCAAAAACUAGCAAUGUCUCACCAAUUAGGGAGAGUCGUUUCAGAGAUCUUACAUCGAUAUUUUGGUGAAAUUGUUCAACAAGUUGGUAAAGAUCUAUUUACGUAUGGUAGUAAACCUAUUUCUAUGAUUGUGAAGACUACAGGACUUCCUCGCGCACAGGUUGUGGAAAGUCUACGGACAUUAUUAAAAUUUCAUCUGGCUACAUUUGAACCCUCAUCUAAUGAAGUUAAUGCAGAUUAUAAACUUAUCCCUGAUAAUGUUCUUCUGUUGAUUAGAUAUCCAAGAUAUCUACUUCAGAUGAAAAGUAAAUAUGGUAGUGAAGCAGAGCUUCUGAUAGAAGAAUUGCUUCAGCAGGCAACCUGUAGUGCCACUAUACUUUUAGUUACCAUAGCAAAGAAAUAUAAAGAUGAUGAGGUUAAAAAUAUAACAAUGUCAAAGUUGAAAGAUACAUUCAUUAGCCUGGCAACGGCUGGGUACAUACAGCAGGCACCUGUGGAAGAAGUCAAAGAGGGCUGUGAGAUACCAACAUUGGUGCCGGUGGCCACAAUUGUUCCAGAGCUUGACACUAGACAUCUACUGCAUGCUAUGACUAUGGAUAUAUCUGAAAUUACUGACAAUGUAUAUUGGGAGGUGAAUUAUGAUAGGUUCCACUUGGACUUCAGGGAUGAGAUAAUGAUCAAAGCUGUCACACGUCGCAUAGACGAAAACGCGGGAGAAAUGUUGCAACACCUACUCAGACUGAUGUACUUAACAUCAGCACCGUGGGCUCCGGAAUCGAACCCCACACCAGUGCUUGAGCUCCGUGAAUGUUGUCAACGAGUGGCCGCCGAGAAGCCUCAUUUGAAUCAACACUUUGAUCAGUAUCUCAAGGUUUUAGAGGAGAACGGUGCCGGGUUCGUGCGACGCUGCGGCGAGGCGGGCGGCGGUCAGUACAUGGUGCGGCCGCGCCAAGCUGCGCACGCGCUGCUCCUGUGUACGCUCGAGCACUGCGUCACCGAGCGGCUCGGCUCCAACGCCGCCCGGAUAUUUAGGUUAAUAAAUAGUAAAAAAUAUAUAGAGGAGGAUGACAUACAGAAGCACGCGAUGUUGCCCAACAAGGAGUGCAAGGAGCUCACAUACAAGUUACUUGAAGAACACUUCAUCAGCGUACAGCCGAUGAGAAAAGCAGCAUCAGCGGGUGGCCUGGCAAAAGCAAUAUAUUUAUACCACAUAAAUUUACAUGAGGUGGCGCACACGGCGGCGGAGCUGUGCUACCGCGCGCUGCACAACGUGUGCCGGCGCGCCGCGCACGAGCGCCGCCGCCACGCGCGCCUGCUCGACAAGCAGCGCCGCGUGCGCACCAUCGUGCACGGCAUGCGCCUGCGCGGCGAGCCGCAGCCCAACAUAGACGACGUAGAGGAAACCCUUACGCCGCCUGAGCUAGCUGUACUGACAAGCGUCGAAAAACGUCUAAAACAACUCAGCGCGGCCGAGUUGGAGCUCGAUCGAACGCUGUUUAUAUUAAAAUGGUAUUUUAUGUACCCAUAAAGAAAUAUUAUACAGUUUAGCUGCAGUAAAAGUUUAAAAGGGAGACGCCUCUAACAGGAAUGCUCUGUACUGGUCUAUUGUAACAGACGGGAAAAUAAAUUAUUAAUACCUUACCCUCAUAUUCAUGAUAGACCUUCUACAAACUUAGCUGUUAGUAUUUUUUAAAUUAGGAAUUUAACUAAAAAAAGAAAAUAAAACGUUUGACGUUUUAUAAAUAAAGAGGUUAUUUUCCCGCCGUUAUAAUAUUUUUUUUUAUUAAUAUCUGGCUUCCAGUGAUUAUUUGUUAUGUUGUAAUAUGAUGGCGCCAUCUUCGCACUACUUUGUGUAAGCUUCUCUAUUAUUAUAAUAGUUUGUACUGAACAUUAACGAAAAUGUUUGUAUUAUAUAUAUGAUGUAAAUGUUUUAUAUCUGUAAAUAUGUGUAUGACAAUGUUAUAUGUUAUUCUAUUUAAUACUUCUUGUUGCAAUCUACCUUAUAUGUAAUAUUUAAACUAUUUGUAUCAAAUAAAACGCAAGAUACAUUCUUAAAAUUUUAUUUGACC